CCGUCUUGGGCGUCACUCCUCGCCAAACCUUUAGCUCAGGUCUCAAUGAAUGUCCUCUCGGUGGUUCUAAUCCGAGCUCUAGACCCACGGGUUCCUGCAGGGGCGGGACCACCUGGCCCAACCUCUGCCUUGGUCCAACGCCCCCUGGGUUCCUCCAGGGCCUUGGUCCAACGCCCCUCGGAGGUUUCAGCGCAUUUCACAGACCGGGCCGCAGGGCCCCGGCGUAGGCCUCGGGGGAGGUGAACAGGGCUGCGGCCGCCGCGCCCCGGGCGGCGACGUCACCGCCCUUGCAGGCGAUUGGUCGCCUCGUGCCGCGCGCCCUUCAAACCUUUUCUCCCCGUGGCUGUCGGCGCCCGCUGGGCGGGAGGCCUAUUCGGAGGCGGCCGCUCUGCGCCUCGGCGUUUCCUCCAAGGCUGCCCACUAGAAGGACCUGCCCGAGAGGGUAGAGGGCAUAGGGUCAAGAUCAAGGGUUAGCUCCUUGGGAGCAGACAGCUGUCCUCACUGGCACAGAGGGGGAGCGCUCAGUAAAUGCUUGCUGGACGAAUAAAUGACUAGAUAAGAUAAGGCAGCUCCAGUCCCUGGAAGGCCAGAGACUUGCCGGUGUCCCACUAGCGGGCUCUUUACAAGAAUCUCCCCGGGCCCGCCGCAGCCAGGUGGCGGCCGGCAGAGGGCGCUGCUGGGGCAUGGCGGAGGAGCGGCCGGGGGCCUGGUUCGGCUUCGGUUUCUGCGGCUUCGGGCAGGAGCUGGGCUCCGGACGCGGGCGCCAGGUGCACAGCCCCAGUCCGCUGCGGGCGGGCGUCGACAUCUGCCGCGUGAGCGCGAGCUGGAGCUACACCGCUUUCGUGACCCGUGGAGGCCGCGUGGAGCUGUCGGGCUCAGCCAGCGGCGCGGCGGGCGGCUGCAAGGACGCGUGGGCCUCUGAGGGGCUCCUCGUGGUGCUGCGCGCCGGGCCGGGACCGGGGGCGUUACUGCAGGUCUGGGCGCCCGAAUCGGCGCUGCGUGGGGAGCCCUUGUGGGCCCAGAAUGUGGUGCCCGAGGCCGAAGGGGAAUCCGAUCCGGGCAGUGAGGCCCAGGCUGGGAGGCUACCCCUGCUGCCCUGCGCCCGUGCCUACGUGAGCCCGCGGGCGCCCUUCUACCGGCCUCUGGCUCCGGAGCUGCGGGCACGCCAGCUGGAGCUGGGCGCCGAGCACGCGUUGCUGCUGGACGCGGCUGGCCGGGUGUUCUCCUGGGGCGGGGGCAGGCAUGGACAGCUGGGCCAUGGGACCCUGGAGGCAGAGCUGGAGCCACGGCUGUUGGAGGCGUUGCAGGGCCUAGUCAUGGCUGAGGUGGCCGCGGGGGGCUGGCAUUCUGUGUGUGUGAGUGAGACUGGGGAUAUUUAUAUCUGGGGCUGGAAUGAAUCAGGGCAGCUGGCCCUGCCCACCAGGAACCUGGCAGAGGAUGGAGAGACUGUCGCAAGGGAAGAACUGAAUGAAGAUGGUUCUCAGGUGAAGAGAACGGGCGGGGCUGAGGAUGGAGCCCCUGCCCCCUUCAUAGCUGUCCAGCCCUUCCCAGCAUUACUGGAUCUCCCCUUGGGCUCAGAUGCAGUCAAGGCCAGCUGUGGAUCCCGGCACACAGCUGUGGUGACACGUGAGUGGGGCUGGGAGGCUGGUUCAGGAUGGAGCAGGAAGGCACUCCGCUCCACUCGAGCUGGUGCCUACGGAAGGGGGCGUGGUCGACGGAAACAAUUCUGUCUUAAGGCUUCUGUGGCUCAUACAGAGCAGCUACCUUGCUCAGUGGAUAAGCCCCACCCCCCCGUGUUGUUUCACAGUAGUUCCCCAGCCUGUCAGGCCCAGAAGAGUCUUCCUUCUGGUGGGAGGCUGAUGCUUUCUGUCCUCCCUGCACGGCCACAGACACAUUCCCUGCCCGCCGUCGCCUCUGACAGCAGGGACUGUCCAGUCCAGCAUGGAAGACUGCGGCGCUCGGUAGCGUGGCACACAGGAAGAUCUGCCACUUUUUCCCUCGGGAUCCUCUGCCGUGCCACGUGUGAUCAGCCAGUUGUUAAGAGAACAUGUUGUUCCACGCCAGGCAGAUCUCGUGAGGAUUGUAAUAUGCAGCUGUGGGCUGUGCCAAGUCGGGCUGGACAGAUGCCUUGCCAAAGAACAGUAGUGACAACUAUCGAUUGUCCUUUUGCUUUCAGGAACAGGGGAGCUGUACACGUGGGGCUGGGGUAAAUAUGGACAGCUGGGCCACGAGGACACCACCAGCUUGGAUCGGCCCCGCCGUGUGGAAUACUUUGUAGAUAAGCAACUCCAAGUAAAGACUGUCACCUGUGGGCCCUGGAACACCUACGUGUAUGCUGUGGAGAAAGCGAAGAGCUGACGUGUGUAUGUAUAUGUAUAUACACCACCUGUGAAACCCCCAUUCAGGUCAAGGAAAACCAUUGCCUGCACCCCAAGGGCCCCGUAUUUGCUCCUCCCCAUCACAGCCCUGCCCUCCACCCUCAAGCCCGGUCCUAAACUUGGCUGCACUUUAGAAAGAGCUGGAGUGCAUUGAAAACUCUGCUGCCUAAGGUCAGCAUCAAUGAAAACAAUGAAAUCAAUGAAACAAUGAAAUCAGAGCCUCUAGGUGUGUGGCCUGGAUAGUGGUAGAUUCAAAGCUCCGCCCACCUCACCCCAGGUACAUUUGAUGUGCAGCUGAGAUUGGGGCACAUUCCAGGUCAUCUUCCUUUGUCAGUCACUUCCCUGCUUUUGUUUGAAUUUUACCAUGCUUGUAUGCAGCCUUAUACAACAUAGUUGUGUUUGCUUUUGAGUGUUAGGUAAAUGGAAUCUUGUAUAUGUGCUUUUGUGUCGUUUUUGUCACUCAGCAUUGUGUGAUCCAUCCUUGUUGGGUCCUGGAGUUCAUUCAUUUUUAAUGCUAUAUGGUGUUCUGUUGUUGUAUGAAUAACACCUCAAGUGAUACAGCCUUGUUGAUGGUCAUUUUUAUUGUUUCUGAUUUUGGUCAUUCCACAUAAUACUUUGAGCAGUCUUCUGCACAUGUGCACAAGUUCCUUUGCAGAACAUCGAGUUGAAUUGCUAAGUCAAGAGAUACCUUUAAUUUUACUAGAUAACUGUUGCCCCCAGCAGGGUGGGGUCUACUGUGGCUGAAACGUCAGGUAGAUGCACACUGGUUUUAAUUUGCAUUUCCCUGGAUACUGAUGAGGUUGAGUAGCUUUUGUGUUUUGGAUGGCUGGGCGUGGUGGCUCACACCUGUAGUCCCAGCACUUUGGGAGGUUAAGCAGGGAGAUUGCUUGAGGUGAAGAGUUCAUAUGUUUAUUGGCCACUUGGAAUUUUUCUGUUGUGAAGUGCCUGUUCAAGUUUUCUGGCCUUUUAAAAUGUUCUGUAUUUUCCUUAGUCAUUUUUCUUUUGGAUAUUUCAGAUAAAGUCUUUUGGGAGUUAGUAUUCAGAGUAUCUUCUGCUACAAUGUAGUUUGUUUCAGUCUCUCUUGGUAUUACAAUUUUAAUACUUAGGUGAUGUUUACUCCGUGCCAGGUAAGGCUCAAAGUGCUUCACAAGUAUCAACUUAUUUUGAUAAAAUAAGCUUAUCAGUAGUUUUCUUUAUGGUUAAAUUGUAUUUGUGCAUGUGUGUGUGUGUGGUUUAGCAAAUGUUUCCCACCCAUGGGGUCUUUUUUUUCUUUUUUAUUGUGGUAAAAUAUACUGAACAUAAAAUUUAUGUUCAAUAAAAAACAGAAAAAUUGUUUUUAACCAUU